GAUUCAGUUAAAGGUGAGGUGCGAGAAAUUAUUUCUGAAAAACGUACACAUUACAGUCGGACGUCUUGAUUGUUACGGUAGUGAUUUCAUGCAGAAAAAUGAAAUCGUCGAACAUCAUUUCAUUUGUGAUGCUCGUUAGAGCAAUCGAGUGCUUAAAUGCCGUGGCACCAGUCAUACCUUACUCUUCCAAUAAAACGGCAAUUGUUUCACGUGAAUCAAGGGCAUUGGCUUUUCCCGGUUCCAGUACCGUUGGAAUACUACUGGCCAUCGCUGUACCGCUAGGACUUCCGGAUCAAGAAGUAUUCCUAUCCUACAACUUUGAAGCCAAUUACAACAGUCCUGCCGCUCCAGAUUAUGCUAACCUAGGAUUAGCUGGCCUGAUAGAUAGGUAUGGAUAUCCUGACGAUGGAGGUCGAUCGGUAGACGGAAAUAAUCAAACAUCAGUCGUUCCACCGAAGAAAAAGUCAAAACAAAAGAGCAAAAAGGGUAAAAAGAAGGGAAAACCAAAGAAAGGAUCCAGAACUCGUCGGUUUAUCGAUCGAAAAAUUGUGUUCAAUGUCAUUGAGAAUAAGCUGAUUUCGUACGGCUUCAGCAAGGCCUGUCUCUUACGAGCAAUAUGUGAAGUGGCUUCUAUCGAAUACGGUUACAAUAAUGGCGUGUUUGGCGACAUUUUUCACAUUUUAUUCACGCCUACAUCUUCGCACGACGAUGGAAUUGACUUAAAAUAUUAUAUCGCUGAAUACAAUGGCAAUUCGGGUAACUGUUCCCCGUACAAAGCGGAAUGUCCGAAAAGUAUUUUGGAUUUUUUUACGACGGAAAGGUGAUCGGACGAUUUGUUUAUAAAAUUAAAAAGAUGUUUUUGACCACUCUUGUCCUUGAU